UCUGAAGGAAAUGGAUUGCUGAGAAACAGAACAGUGAAUAUUAUCUUUUAACCAGAGAUUGGAGGAAGUCUGAAAGUGUAAUCCACCAGAUGAUGGUGAUUACCUUAAAUCAUAAUUGUCUGCCAGCAUACAGGCUGGCCAUUGUCACGCUAUGGAGGAUUAUGAGUGAAUUAUGAGCAAUGGGAAUGGAAAAACCUUGGGCCUGGGACUACUUUCACAUGGGACAGCGUGAAUCAUGAGCAUUGUUGGUAGCAUCUGUUUUAAACUAUGCAAACCUACUAUAUGACAACUGAGAGCAGAAUUGUGGCUUCUAAGUUUAUGCAGAUAGCUCUAGUUCAGAGAAAAGAAAAGCAGAGAGCUGUGAUGCAGGGAAUUUGUUUUGCAUUUUUCUGAGUCAUCAGAAAAUCAGUAUGAUCAUAGUUAUUAGCAUGCUAGUAAUUUUAUUUGAACCGGUGGGUUCUGCUUUUAGUUUAAUACAGAAUCCAGUUUCAAGUGUAAAAUAAUAGCACAUGGAGAAGGGUUGGCCUGAAAAAUUUGAGGGAGAGAGGGAUAAAAGCUUCUGGAACUUUUGCUUUUAACUUACACUGACGUGAGACUUUCAUUCUACUUUUAUUGUAAGAACGAAAAAAUAUGCAAAUCUGUAAACAACUGUCAAGAAUUGAAAAAAACUAUUCUGAAUACAUCAAGAUAGCACAGAUGAUGUGUGACUGAUUCCAUUAAGCAUCUUCAGUAGCAUCCUAGAGAAAAAAAAACAUGAUCUUCCCGUUUCUACAGCGUGGCCUGGGAAUGAUCAGCACCAGGAAUUUGGAUUUGGCUUUCUUUACCAGCACCUUGCUUUGUGUCUUGUACUCCAGGUUUUUUGAGACAUGCUGUUAUAUUUAUUUAGUAUUUAGUUUGGUGCCUAAUCCUGUGGGGCCUUAAUUUUAACAUGAAGUUCUUGGGGAAAACAGCAGUAUAAGCGGGUAGCUAUAGUUGUGCAAAUCACUACUCAGCAAUGGAAAUCAGUUAGACCUCACAUAGACAUAUCUUUCAGUAAAGUGGAAACAAUGUUUUCUUUGUCUUAUUGAGCAGGAAGGUAGUAUCAAUACUGUGCUCUUGUGCAGUAUUUGUAAGUGAACAGUUGCAAGAUUUUCUGAAGAUAUUGAUAUGAACAGUCUGAGUUCUUCAGUGUCAUUUGCAGGCUCUCCUUAAUGUCCUGUAUGUGUUCAAUAUGAAGAAAAAUCAUUGAAUUCGAAAUCAGGUAUAAUGUACAGUUUCCAGACAAAUCCACCCAGUCCAUAUACUUCCUUCUGUGCAGUGCCCUGGAAACAGGCUGAGCUAUCAAGCAGGGGUUUCUUGUAUAUGUAGCAGCUAGGAGCUUGCUAGUGCUACCUCAAGGAUAGUUUUCAGCCUUAAGUAUUCUGCCAUUCAUUGCUCCAGGAAAGAAGAAUGCUAGUAACGGCCUGCCUUUGGCCUGCCUUUAUCGUUCAAGCAGGAACAGUUAGUUACCCACUUCCUCCUUGCAGUUGUGGAGCAUGGGAAGAUUUGCCUACAGUGAUGCCCUGUGCAGUGCAGGCUUGGGGGAGCCUGGCACUUCAGGGCCACGAUGUGUGGUGCGUGUGCACAGCACAGCUGGCGUGCACACGCACACAGUGAGGUUGGUGUUCCCUGGAAGCAUCAGAGUUACUGUGCACUGCAGUAAAACUUGCAGCAGAACGACCAUCCAGCUCUUGCACAGGAGACGUGGGAAGGAGGGGGCUCAUAGUGUGUGGUGCUUACCUGACACAAACCAAGGUAAGUGGCUGGCCCAGCUGGGAAGGUUGAGCACAACGUUAGGAAUCAUGAGAAAUCUGUUGGUGCAAACUGCCUUGCGUCCAGAGUAGUCUUGUAAAGAUCUGCCAGGUUGCCUUUGUGGAGAACUCAAUCGAGAACACUCUAGCACCAGAGUGCACACUUUGCACUCUAGUGCAAAUGGGAAAUAAUUCUACUGAAAGGAGAAUUUUUUGCUAUGAAACUUUUUGUGGGGGACAAAAACUGGGCUUACAGAACUUUUUAAUUUAUGUAUCUUAGAAGAAUAACAUCAAGAGGAUGUGCCGCAGCAGAUAUUUUUAAACAUUGUCAUCUGGGUUUUGUUUUUAAAAAUGACACCAUGAUAUGACUAACUCAAGGAAAACAAUAAAUGGCUUUUUUAUUAUUACAAGAUUUCUCUCGGUAGGUGGUUAACCCAAACAGCUGCUUAACAAUGAAGACAGAAACAGAAGUUUAAUACAAAAACUGCUGAACAAUUAAAGGCAAAUGCUUAAUUUCGCCACAGGGAAAUCUUUUUGCUAUACUGAUCUUCAGAGAUUCCUCUUGCACAACUAGCAAACUGAGUAAUUCUGGAAUUGAAGUGCCAGAUUCUGCCCUAAGUAACAGUAUUAUGCAGGUACAAUUCCAUUGACUUCAAUAAAAAGACACAAAUGAAAGGUCUGAAUAGGUCUGGAGUCUUGUGGAAAACUAACAGUAGAUGAAGUAGAUCUGCAUAUUAGUAAAGCCACAUAUCAUGAUUUUUUUCUGGAUACUACAAACUGUCCAGGAAAGUUGUUUUCUAUCCUGAAUAUAUCAAAGACUUCUGCUGCAGUCUGUGAAACAGAUCCUCCCCACUCAGUGAGUGGAUGCAGUGGCUGUUUCACAUUCUAGCAAUUAGGACUGGAAGUAUUUUAGGAGAGUUCUUUGUGAUUAACAAUAGGUUGGAUUGAUGACACUGAAAACUGAAGUCUCUUAGAAUGAGGGCAACUCUAACAGCAGCAUAACUUUACUAGCAAGUAGAAAAAGCUUUAAGGCUGCUGCCAUCCAAGAUUCUCCCAGCCAUGCAGAGAACAGGAAAUGUGAACAGGAGCAUCAGUUAAUUGAAAGAGGCAAGCCAUGAAAAGCAGUAGUCUUGCUGAACAUAAACAUCAACAGCAUAGCAUCCACUUUGGAACUGAUUGUUGAGGCUUUCUUUGUAGUUAGUGAAUAGAAAUAAGUUUAGUUCACCUCGUCCUAAAGCAAGCUUCUGUAAAGGUGAGAUGAACUCUGAUCUAAGUGUGCCUCUUCUUUUCUGUUAGUUAGAAGUGGUGCAGAUGGUGCAUGUGAUAUGCAAGUUUAGAUGACUGUUGUACGUACCCAAAGUUAGGCGAGAUAAACCCUGGUGUACUUGCUUCUCACAUCUAAUCAAAGUUAGAAAUUCACAUUUAGCUUACAGUCUUCCCCAUUGUAACAUGUAUUGUGUGUACAUCCAUAACUUCCAGAAGUCUUAUUACUCUUUUUAUGUAGAAAUUCUGCCAGGAGUGGUCACACCCCCUUUUUCUUUAGGUUGACCUUUUGUUUCAAAGCACUUGAAAAAAUUACUGACGCCUGUUUAAAAGGCUGUCUUCUUGACAUGCAUUUUGUGUGGCUGAGUUAUCUGUUAUCAUAUGAACAGAUACCACUUAAGCAACAUCUGUGACAGGAACACGAUAGACUCACCUUAAUUUCUUGCCAUAAAAUGUUUCUUAUGCGGUUUUCUGGUAGGCCAUUGAUUAUGCUAAUCAGUUAUGCAGUGCUAUGAGGAGUCUUUACAAGCAAGUUCUGAUUUCUUAACAGUAAAAUACGAGAAGCCUGGAAGCUGUUUGAAUCUGCGAAGCUUCACAUAAGAGUUUAAACUUAGCAAUAAACCUUCCCUGAAAGAUAAUCAGAAAGUAAAGGCUUUGUUCCUUUUCCUGUCCCUUGCUUUGUCAUUUCAAAAAAAAAAAAAAAAAGACUUAUACUAAGCAAGCUCAUGUAUAACAUCCAGGUACUUAUAACUUCAUGCUGAAAUUAAAAGAAGAGCCUUGCUUUGCCUGUUCAGAAGACUUUUUUGAAAGCCUAACUUUGGCAUACUGUCCUCUAAAGUACUAGAAUAUAUAUGGAGUUGAAUUGGUAGAAACAAGGUUUUUCUGUCCUCUCUACGCUAUUGGAAAAUUACCUGAAAUAAGCAGGAUAGGACCUUCUGGCAGGAAAAAAAAAAAAAAAGAGUGGAUCUGUUGAUUGACAUGGAAGAAAGAUACAAUCAAAUCUCUGUUAGCAUAACUGAAUGGGGUAGCACCAUCAGAUACUUAUGACAGUGUAUGGAAGGAUAGCUGUGAACCACAUAAGAAGUCCCAAACAUCCUUCAAAGUACUUUGAGACUCCACUGAUGAAAGUGAUUUAGUGGGUUAGCAGGUUGAAAAGUAAGCAUGUGAAUACUAUUUAAAAUAUUUGGCAAGUGACUUAACUGAAAUGAGGUACACGUGCUUCAUAUUUAUUGCAUAUAAUGAAUCAGAUAAGGAAUCUGAUCUCUUAGGAGGUCUAUAAUGGCAGCUCAAGAUAUAUUUGUGUAUCUUUCAUCCUUACGGCAAGAUCUUUGGCUUCUCUUCCCAGCAGAGAAUAAGGUGAAGUUGCAAGGGAGACUGGAGGGAAGGAGAGGCAUUUUCCUUCACAGCCCACAAUAGCAACCUUUGUGAAAGGAUUUGCUAUAGAAUUAGUCACCACCGGAAACAGAUUGUCAAAAAGAAAUCAGAAAGGGUCAAGGCGCCAGGGGAGCCUUGUCCCCAUUUUCCCUUUCUGUCCAUGAAGCAUCCAGAGAAAAUAUUGAGCAAAAGCAUUAUCUGAACUACAUAAUGGAUGUGUGAACUGCAUUGUCAAUGAGCUACAUAGUGAGCUACUGGCAUGGAUGUACUAUGCAGCCAAAAUGAUGAAAUCCUCAGAAUUUCCCCUGCCCCCUCCAGGAGAGCAGAGUUUCCUACUGGCCUUAAACUUCAAAAGCAAAAGUUGGUUCUCAUGUGAGAACCAACAAGUGAGUUAUGAGCUGGUUCUCGCAAAUACCUGAAGAAGUACCUAGUUAUAUUUAGCAUACAGAGAAGUGUAUCUGUAUCCACAAAGGAGCUGGAUGGUUGGCUUUGAGGAAGACCGUUCUGCCCUUGAAUUCUGUAUGAACUGAAAGACAGACAGAAUGGAUAAAUCCUGGUAUUUGGUUGCUCAUUUGCUUUCUAGCUGUGUUUUUAAAUUAAAGUAACUGUGAGAGCCAUGUUUUCUGCUGAAAUCCGUGUUGUCUAGGUGUCAGGAAUAUUCUGAUCAUGCUUACCCAGCUGUGCCUUGCAAGGUUUUCUGGUGUGCACCUAGGCUGGAUAAGAGAUACGUGUGAGGAUACUCGAUUGUAGCAGCAUUGGUGCUGACUUUCGAUUUGGGCAGUACUAGCUAGGGGUUUCAGAUAACUUUUCAGGCAGAAGCACAAAUGUCAACAAGCUCUCAGCUGCCGAAACGAUUAGGCAGUGGUUUUGUGGCUUGCACUCCUGCAUCGUAGUUGUCUCGGUUUCAUCUAAACUAUAUUUUGGUUGCUUAAAUGCAUUUUUGGAUCUGUCCCAGUGUCAUCAAACAAUCCGCUGCCUUGAACAGAACUAUCUCAAAAAAAGUACAAACAUAGCAAAAGUUUACAGUAUGUUAAAAUGGUCUAAUGUUUUUCAUUUUUAUUUGGAAAGCAGAUCUUCUAAAGUUUCAGAAUAUUGGAAACCCUCGUUGUGUUCCAGUACUUGCUGAAUAGCCUUGUUUCAAAGAGAUUAGAAUAAGUAUCCUAUUAUCCUGUGAUUAAAAAAAACCCUAAAACGUACCAUGAUUUCACAGUCAUACAGAGUAAAAUUUUGUCCAAGAAAUGUCAGAAGAAAACUGCAGCCAGUCUUGUGAUGUUAAUAUUUUUAUAGUUAGCAGGACAGUUGUGAUACUUGAAUAAUGCUUUGGAAAUAAUAUGUAUACGUGUAUUAGGAAAUAUACUUAAUCUGCAUAUGAACCCAUUUUUUGGAUUAAAGUCUGUAUGCAUACAGCUGUAGCUGUUCCUUGUAUUAAUUGUAAGUGAAUGUUGUUAAUUUAUGGGUUCUGAUAGGACUGUACCCAAGCAAAAGAAAGUAGAAAUAGUAUUCUGCUUUGCUCAAUUCAGUCAAAUGAAGUAAAACUAAGAGGAGACCCAGGGGUCCUAUACCACACAGUCCUUGGAGAUAGCAAAGGAAAAAAUCGAAAACCUUCUGUCAACUGCUGCAGGCAUUAGUAAGUCAAAAUAGUGACGUGAAUGAGGUUCUGCCUAUGCAAAGGCUGCACAGGGAGGCUUCAGAAAAAGACACUGAACAAAUUAGAAAUAAAUAUGCAAACUUUGCAAGGGUUAAAUAGUUUAUUAAAAAUAAAUGUAUUGAUUUAUUGAUUCAGGGGGAGACCAAGUAUUAUUCUGAAUAAAAAAAGUAUUAGGCCAGAACUUCUUUUCCAAUUUAAGUUGGAAUGCGUUACCUUUCUGCAGUAGAGUAUACAGUUACUUCAGCUAGCUUUAAAUAUAAUAGCAGAUAUAGAAAGUAGUCUGUCUGUGGAAGGAGAAAUGAGCUUUCACCAAACUCUGUGCCUGUAGCUGAAUUCUUGUUAACAAAGCUUUUCCUUGCAGGGAAAUGGAUUCUGUGAUCUCUUUUCAGUAGUAUCCACUGCAGGAAUUGAGGUAUGGGUAUUUUAAACAUGAUUGGUAGUAUUGCCUACUUCUGAUUUGUGGAACUCAUCUUGAGGUGUCUAUAAUGAAACCAUUUAUCAAAAAGCAUUGCACUAACUGCAAAUUAAAAGAAGACCAAGAUGAUGAAUCACAUUGAAGCUCUGCUAAUCUGCAGGACUCUUGAACGGACUUUUGAAUGUAUGGGUCCGAAUAUACCCUCUGUACCUCAAAAAAAGUAAGCAACAGAUAAUCAAUAUUUCUAAAGGUUUAGGUAAGAAGAAGAAAUGGGGAGAAGCGGGGUAGAUUGAUCUUCAAAUUGUCUUUCUGUCGUGUCUGUUUCUUUGGUAAUAAACUGCUCUUCAUGGUGUUUCAGGAACUCCACAAAAACAUUCUUCCUCUGCGGAUUUUAUUAGAGAAGUCAAAAUGAGGAUGGUAGUGGCUACCCUCCUGCUAAGGGCCAAAGUCCGACAAGCCUGUGCUUGCUCUCUGCUUCAAGUACAAAAGGGCAGGAGUACAGUCACGGGGGCCGCUUUCCCUCGGCGUUGCUGGCAGCGUGCUGCUCGAGUGGGCCAUACAGCUCAGCCUCUCAACAUGAAAGCAAAAAUACAGAAAGUGGAAGCUUUGGAUGAAAAUCAUUUUGUCUGUGUUCACUGGGAGGAUGGAAGCGAGAGCCGUUUUCCUUGCGUCUGGCUGAGAGACAACUGCCAAUGCCCUGACUGCUUCUUGCACUCUGCCAAAGCACGCAAAUUGGUUUUCGAGGACCUGGAUGUUAACAUUGUGGUAAAGGAUGCCACUUUGACAGCUGGAAAUAAGUUAUCUAUUACAUGGCCAGAUGAACACACAAGCGAAUACGAAGCUGAUUGGUUGAAAAAACGAUGUUUCUCUGAAGAAGCCAGAGCAGAAAUGCGAAAAGAUUUAUUUUUACCAGGUGGGAUUUAAAACCAAAUCUGUCGUGCGGGUUUCAAGUUCCGGUGGUCUGACAUUGACAGUCCUAUUUAGAAAUCCUUGCAUGAGAAUGAAGUCUAGCAAACUGGAGCAGCAGAAACCACUCUUGGCAGCUCAGUGCCCGGCUGUGCACACAAAACAGGCUCGCACCUUUGUCCUUUUCCUUCUUCUAACCUGUGGAGCGUAGGCAAAGAGCAGUCACUGUUGACUGCUCUGUCCUGGGCCAUUUGCAGACUGAGAAGCGUUCAGCUGUUUGGGCUGUAUUUAGUUUCCCUAAAGCCAUUUACCCCCAGAAAAAGUUAGUAGGUCUGAAGAGUGAGGCUUGUGGACCAGCGUACAGACUCCUUUGGCCUGUGUGAAAAAGCAAAUGUGUGUGUUGUUUACAUUAUUUAAAUUUAUUUUUAGAGAGGUUAUUUAGAUAGAAUUGCAAGAGAGUUUUAAUUGAAAUGAAGCUGUUCUUUCCUUUUCCUGGCCUUCUGCUAAAAAGUGACUGUGUAGCAUACCAGUAUUUUGUGCUGAAGUUCAGGCUGUGUUUGCUCUGCAUCUAAUAUUUACUGCAGUAGUUGACUUUAUCUUCAGAUAAUGAAGCACUUUGCGCAACUUGCAGUGUAACAUUGUUCACUUUUUUUGCACUACAAAUGGCUUACCCUUUCAGGAAAUGAUUGUAAGAACAUAAGGUUUGUCAUGAUACAUAGAUGCAUGUUAUCAUUUCUUCUUUCUUUGGCAAUCCUUCAUAUUGUGAGUAUUUGGAAAAGUAAAGACAUUGUGGAAGCUAGCAAGACUUUUUUAGCCUUUGUGGGGGAAUCGAUGUAAAUUGACUGUGGCUCUAUUUAAUGCCCAGACAAGUCAGGCUAGAUCUCUAGUUGUGUAUAUUAGCAAAGGUAUCAAUAACUGAAGUUUUAGUAUUGCUUCUGUUUUGUCCCAUCAUGAAAUCUAACUGGAUGUGAUUUGCCUUCACAUGCACGCAUUUACACAGUGCUUACUCUCAACACCUAAAUAUAAUGCUUGUUUUGGAGGCCAGUUUUCCCCUCUGCUACUACUCUUCUCUAAUGAAACAGUACAAAUAAAAUGUACAGUAAAGAUAUGUUUUUAUUCUCUGGGCAAUGCUUUGCAAAUUCUGUUUUCCAUGAUUGAUGUGAGGAAAUGUGUGUGUGAAAUUUACACUAAAUAAGUGCCUGCACUAACUUUGGCUUUGUUCAUUCAGCUCUUUCUCAUAUUCCCGGAAAAGAGAUGGCUGGUUAUAAUAGAUAGCUUCUUCUAGCUUUUCUCAGAUUCCAUUUGGAAAAAAGGCUGCAAUUAUAAAUCAUGUGAGUUUGCUUGCUAGAAGUUUAAAACCUGUUUCUCAUUGUGUUUAAGGUAAGUUUAGAAUUAGCUUCCUUCUAGUCAGUGGAGUUACACCAGUGCAAAUUAUGUGCUCUUAAAUAGAGAAUCAUGUCUCAGCAGUAUAGUGUUACAGAUGGUGACAAGAAACCCCAGGCCUGUGUACUGGUUGAACAAAAAUCAGAGCAAGCCCACCAGCAUGCUGUAGUUCGAGGUUAACCUUCACAGCUGACAUUGCAGCUACAGCUUUUUAUUUAUUUAUUGUUACAAGCAGUUAUUUGCUUUUGAUGUUGGACAUUUGCCGUUUCUUCUGUGAUAAUUUUUUGUCUUAAUUUCUGAUUCCAAAAGUUAGGUGUCAGACGUGUCAAGCCAGAAAAAAAGAGCAGAUCAGAUUUUUACUGUAUGAUGCAAGUAACUAGUAACUCUGUCAGUAUGACAAAUUCCCCCUUUAAACACAGUGUCAGCUCUUACCAGUGUGGUGUGCAAAGCCCACUAUUUAUGUACAGUAAGGCUCUUUUCAGCCCAGCUUACAGGAUUCUUCCAAAAGAGCAGCAAAACAGCCAUUUGCUACUUCUCCAGUUCUGGUGUCUCAAAGGUAUUGCCUGAGAUCUCUUUUUGUAUUUGCUCUUUGGCCUGUGUGUGAUGUAGCUGUGAGUUCUGAGCUGCAGGAGGAAACAUGCACUAAUACAGACAAUCCAAACCAGAGGGUGUCCUUUGUCACAGGCACUGCAGCUCAGUGCUUUGUUUUUCAGUUCUUGUUUAUUUUGUCAUGCAGAUCAUAACAGUGCAACCUUCCAGAGCUUUAAUUUCAGUAUUUCAGCUGGCCAUUAGUUGCUUUGCUACAGUGAUCUAUGGCGUGGGCAAUUAGAGAGCUGAGUUGCUAGCAGAGUAAGUCACACUUUUUGAAAAACAUAAAUGCAGCUGCUUGUAGGCAAGCUUGUGCACUGUGUGUCUGCAGUGCCCAUGGUUAGGUCUUGAAGCUUUAAGUAUUAUCUAAAUAUAGGAGUUGGUAUAUACAGUCCUCUAAAGUGUAUGCAUGUGUCAGGUGGUGGUGCUCACACAAAUCAGACAUGCAUAAAAUAUGUUUUCCAAAACAGUGAUGCAUGCUUUCCUACAAGACUUUUAAGUAUUUUGCAGUUGAUGGCAAUUAUUUGAGUGAAAUAUUUGCCUGUCAUUAGCUUCAUUGCAGAUCAGUUCCAAUAACCAUUUUGCAUUUUCAACUUCUCUGGGAAAAAGUCAGAAUUUUCUUUGGAAGCUUUUUCUGAAAGUAACUCCCUGUUCCAGGAAACUCUUGCACCAAUUAUUUCUGAACUGCAUUUUCAUCAAGGAUGUAAAGUUACUGUCUAUUGGGAAAGGAUGUUAGAAACAGAUGUCUGCUAGGUUACUUGCUUGUUUGUUUGUUUACACUAUUUUUAUAAAAGAAAAUUAAUUUUUUUGAGAUUAUUACACCACAUGCCUCCAGCUAACUGCCUAUUACUUUUCAUUUAGUGGAUAUUACUGAGGGUCUAAAAUGGAGGGAGGGGAAAAAAACCCUGAGUAAAUGCAGUAUUUAAAAUCUAAAAAGUUCCCAGUUUUCCUAUCCAGGCAUUUUUAGAGUACUAAAUACAUUUUUAAAAAAUUAAUUUCAGUUGCUUUACUCAGAAAACAAGCACAUGAAUGAAAGAGGAGGAGAGCUGUUUCAUUUAUCCCCCAGUAAAAGAUUUUAAGCUGCCUCUUAGUACCCACUGUAGAACAUCAUGUGUAUGUAAAUGCUGAAUAAUUCCAAGUGUGUUGUUGGUGCUUGCACAGUGUCUGUAGGAACUGGGCAGAGGCUCUCUUCUGCUUUCCUGCAAACAGUAGCAUAGGUGGGUUUUUGUGGCUAAAUUGGUAUGAGCACAAAUUGUGAUUCAUUUGUUUUUUUCCAAGUUACUCUGUUGAAAACAGAGUGAUGGAUGGAUGCAGUGAUGGACUGAUUCUAUCCAAAGCAGUUCUUUCUUCCCAUUUUGAAAAACAGGUAGCUCUGAGGUUUUAUUAGUCACAAUGUAACGGGCCAGUAAAGACAAAAAUGAGUUGUACAAGACCUUUGUUUUUAUCCCUGAUGAAGUGUGCAGCUACAUUUGUAAAGAGAGAGCUUUUUCACCUGACAAUUGCAACUCUGUUGUGAAAAUGAGAACCAAGACUGCCAAGUGCUAAGGUCUCAUUCCUAGCUGCCUUUCCCACCCACCCAGUUUUUAGAACGUAAUUUCAUUUAUUUCUACUAUAGUACAAUGGAAAAUAUGUUAGCUGUCGUCAAGUAGUGGAAAAAAAUGUGCUGUGCUGACAUGAUAAAGUAACGAAGAACAUGAAUGGGAUCAACUACCACAAGGAAAUUCUGGCAAAGAGUACGGUCCCUGUUUAGAAUAGUUUCUUGACAGCGUCUCUAGCUGUAGGGAGUUUUGUGGAUAAAGGAGGGAAUAACAUCCCUGUUGUUCAGAAAUGGGUGAACAACAUGCUUUGUGUGGCACACCAUUUUAUAUCAGACCUUUAUAUAGAGCCAUAUUUUGAAAUAUUGUUUACUGAAAGACCUUAAAUAUCUUAGCAUCACAGCAUCUGUUUUGGUUUUAUUAUUUAGGCUUUCCUGUCCUUUUCACAAUUCUGGAGCAGCUAAUUUGUCAGAAUGUAAAUACUGGAGAACAUACAACCUUUUCACGUGGGGCUGAGGAGGAAAUCUUUAUAAAUAUUGCUUUUUCAAUAUUGACCUAUUCUUUGUCUCUCUCUUGCUGAAACUACUGCUCUUGUACUUACCUUGCUGUGAUGGUCUCUGGGACCAGUCAGGAGAGGAAGUCCUUCACUGCAGUUCAUGCAAAAAUGCAUCGAUUAAAAGUAGUUUGUGCAUGUAUCAGGCGUAAGUGUUAGAAAUUAGACUCCAGCCCUAUUGCAGCUACUGGAAGGACUAAUACUGGAAUCAGUAAGUUAGAAUUAAACCCUAAUAUCUCUCUGAAAAAGCAAUUAUUAUUAAUAAUAAUAAAUAUGUAAAGCAUAAAAGAUUAAAAAGGCUGUGGAAAGAUCUGUGCUGAAACUAUGAAGAAGCCUCCAGACAAGCCACUCUGUGGUACUUAUCAAAUGCAUCUGGUAUAAUUAAUUGUCCACUAGUCAACUGUAGAAAGCCAGUAUGAUGGUCAGCCAGUUUCUCCUUUGCCAAUAGUAGAAACAUUUAUUGUGCACACAGCCUUGAGCUGAUGUUUAAAUCCUGCAAGUUAGGCCCCAUUUUGGAUGUCUUUGUUGCUGUAUAUGACUCUUGAUUUUAGGCAUGGCUCUAAAAAUUUUUUCUACUUCUUUUUGUUCAUGGAGACAAUGGCUUUCUAAUAUUUGGAAAGCUUUAUUCAGUACUAUAAAGGCCGUGGUUUGGUUUGUGCUCUAACUAUGCAAGUUUGUUCUUCGAUUGCUUUUCAUAAUUUUCUUUGGCAUAUUUAAAUAUUAUAUGCAGUGGUCAGAUUCAUAUUAUUAAAGUGCAGUAUUUGACACUGUCAUGCAUGAAAUUUUCGUGAAUGUUCUAGGGAAAUGGGCAUAGGUAAAAUAUGUAGUAAGAAUUGCAGGGAAGUGGUGGAAAGCAAUAUUCAAAGAGUAGCUCUAAUAAGGUUUCCCAUCAGUUCAGAAUGAUACGUCUAGAGAAGUUCUUCCAAAGUGUGUACUUUAUGCAAUAGUAUUCCUUAUUUUCAUCAGUGACUAUGAUGGAGUAGAAUAGUCACAUUGAAUUUGGAGAUGACCCCAACCAGGGGUGGACUAUCAGAGCACUGAAGGACCAGGAUUAGAAUGCUAAAUGACCUUAACAAGCAGGAGAAAUGGUAAGGACAUAAAGGAAAGCUUUACUGGGUUGGACCAAUAGUUCCUCAAGCCCACUGCUUUAGUGUCCAGUAGUAGCGUAGGAAAAGCAUGGGAGCCAAGCUGCUCCCUGCAGUCCAUUCCCUUUGUAUUUCUUCAAUGUCCUCAGUCAUUGCAUCAGGGAUGAUAGUGUGUACACUCCUGCCUUUUUCCUGUAGUAUCUGUUUUAGAGCUAUUGUCCAUGAAUUUGUCUAAUCCCUUUUUUGAGCGUGUUAUUUGCUCCACAGCUUCCUGGCUGCACAAUCCAGAACUCUGUUUAGAGAGACAGCUAGGGAGACAAGAAAGUAAAGCCCUUAUGUAUUUCAAAGAGUUUCUUCUAAUAUUGUGUGCCCAUGUGAAUAAAAGUUCAGCAUUCACCUUAUGCACUCCCUUCAUGAUCUUCAGGGUUUAUAUUUCCCCUCAGCCUUCUCCUCUUCAAAUUGAGAAGUCCCAACCUUUCUGGUCUCUCGUUGCAGCUGCUUCAUCUCCUUAAUCAUGUUAGCUGCCAUUCUCUAUCUUCACUUUGGCCUUGAGCUGCAGAGACUGGGAAAUGCCUACUGUACUAAAGAUAUGGGUACACCAGAGUUUUACAUAUUGGGAAAAUGAGGCCUUCCAGCCUGAGGAAAGUAUGAUACCAUUCGACAGGGUCAACUGUAAGACUGUAACUGUGAGGCUAGGCAAACGUGUGAGUACAAGGUAGGGAAAUAACCAUCUGGGUGGCAAUUUUGCAGAAAAGGUUGAUGGAGUUGAUACUCUUCACAGACUGCACAUGGGUCUACACUGGCAGAUUGGUUUGCGAUCAGGGCAAAAAUUGUUCAAGUCCAAAGAAAAAUGUAGCCUGCAAUGCGGGUGAGGUCAUCCUGCCACUCUGUUUGAUGCAGGGAGAAUUCCAUAGGAGUAUAUGAUCCCUUGGCACCCCGCAUCAAGCAAGACUGCACAGUGCUCCUUGGAGAGCACUGAAAAUGAUUAGUGGUCUAGAAACAUCUAAGAAAUCAAAUGCUGCUGCGAGAGAGAGAGAGAACAGUUGUUUUCCAUGUGCAGGAUAGGCACUUCACUUAUACAAAUGCAUGUGCAUACAUGUGAACAGGUUUUCUUAAUGCUAUUUAGAAUGAGAAAAAAAUUGAACUGAGACAAACUGUAAACAAUUCCAAAUUAAAAAGAAGAUUUUAAGUCAUAAAGUGGGGUGAAGUUUUUCAUAGCAAUAACUUUAAAAGGUGCACUAGAUUUCUUUCCUCCCAGAUACCAACUGCUGCUGCCUUCCAUACAUUUCCCAAGGAUUAGUAAUAGUUGGAACUGUACACAAUGCAUUUUCAGCUGCUGGCAUGUUUAUCACAGUGUCAUUACAGAGUACACUUGGAAAUGUCAGGGGAGAAAGGUUAUUCCUGCAGUAGCUGACAGACCAAGCUCUUGGCUGCGUCAGUAUGCCACUGGAGGACUGGGAUCUGGUAGCCCUUCUUCUCUGAAGCAUAAGGUAGGAUUUAUAACAUGCAGUCUGUAAGCAUUCACGUACUGGCCUGUGCCUUUCAAAAUAAAUAAAAAAAAAAACCACUAAGGACACUGGCUGCACUUGUCACUGAAAGUAUAAUCAUUUGAGGAAAUGGAAACCUCACGGUCAGUGUAUAGCCUAUCCAGGGCAAGAUUUAACUGUAUUUGGCACUCCCAAUCUAUUUUUAAACACAAAUUAGCUAAACAUCACAAAGUGCCUAAGAGGAUGCUUUACUUGAACCAUUUCUCAGUUUUAGUAUCUGCCUGCUGAGUAACAGUGAACAGUCUGGUUUUCUUGAAAUUUUGCAAUUUCCUCGUCAUAGUGGUACUAUAAAGAUUAAGCAUCUGCUCAGCCAGUGGGCAGUUUUGACUCCUGAAUGCACUGCAGGGCCUGGAAAAGGAUAAAUUCCUAGUGCCUGGGUGGGAUUCACGUUACUGACUAUGUCUACACAGAGAAAAGAUUUCUCUUGCAGAUUAUUUGUAGAAGCAUUUUGUGUUUUGUUUUUGUCUCCUUCACCUCCAUGUAGUUGAAAACAUGAGUCUGAUGACCGACUUCACUGUAGUGGUCUGGUAGGGAGGAAGACCAAAUGAGUUGUUGUUCCUAGGCUGUUUUCCACUGUUUAGCUGCAAGGAUCGGGUCGGCAGAUUUGUUCUAUAGAGAUCAAAGACAGUUCCAGAGGGAUAUGCUGAACUUGAACUAGUUUGUGCUGUCAUGGCAUGGUUUGGCUGACCCAUUAAAUCUACAGAGAAUGUGCAAGUCCACUCUGCACAUGGGCAAAGUAAGUCUCGCUUCUCUGCUGCUGCAGCUCUUAGCUGGUUUAUAGCUCCCUAAACCUAGGAGCUAUUUGUCUUGAUGCUUGGCUUCUGGAAAAGCAAUUGAUUGCAACAAAAGCCAAAACCCCCAACACCACAGCCAUUGACUGCAAAAGGGACAUCCUCUCUUAGGCACAACUUCUGGUGAGCACGGUGAGAAUCAGAAAUUUCAACAAGAGUACUUGAAGGUUUAGGCACUCCAAGGAGCCUGGGGCUCUUGAAACUGCAGUUAAAUGCCAGGUGCAUGGAUGUAUUUCCCAAGGUGGGGAAAAAUCUCUUGGUAUAUUCCUUGGAAUAAAACUCUAAACCUUUUUUUAUGUAAAGAAGACUAGGAAAAUAUUUUUUAGCAAGACCAUAAGAACAGUUAAGAAGAAAGAAUUUGAACUGAAAUAUUCCAUUAGUUUUCACAUGGUUAUUUACCUGCACCAACAUUGAAACUGAAGUUUGUCUUUCAAAGAAUAUUUUUGGCAGCUCACUUAGCGUACUAAAAGCUUUUUUAAUUCAAUAACUUCUAAUAGAGAAGAAGGAAAACAUUCAUAUUUUAGUCCUUCCCCCAUCACACGAAUGUGUGAAGGAAUGUAUUAUGAGUAAAACACACUGGAGCAGUGAGUAGGAGGCAGUGGAGUGGUCUCACUAAGGAAUUUAAUGAGGUGAGAUUUUAUCUCGCCUCAAGGAUUGCCCUUUUUUCAUUUUGUGAACAUUUCAUGAUACUGAGGUCCUUGUCAAUCGUCCUGCAUCUUCAUUGAAACAUAGGUUAAAGUACAGAAGGCAGUCUGUGUAGGUAGCUUAUAUUUGGAUAUAUGCGUUGUGUUUCUUGGGCAGUCUUUAAGGUAGCCUUAGCCAGAGAAAUAAGGAAUAGUAGUGACUGGAAAUUUGCAGACUUUGCAACUAUUGACAAUUAUAACUACGUCAUGUCUCAGUUCAGUCUUUCCUCAGCUCAUUUUAGUUUAUACUUGCUACCUGUAUCUAGAGAGAGAGAAAAACCUUACCCUUUAAAUCCUUUUGAGUUGUAGUAGCAUCCCUCACUUGCCAGGUAGCAUUCAGAAGUCUGAUUCUGGAAGUUACUUGCUUUAUGCUAAUGUAAGAGUCUGCUCAUUGCAGCCCUGGAGUCACACGUGGCCAAAAAGAAAAAAAAAAAAGGUAAGUUUGUAUUGGUAUGUCUGCUGAGGGGGCAAUGGAAUAAAGCAAAACGUGGGUGUUUAUAAAUGAUGCAGUCUGUAUUUUCCAAACACUUUUGGUCUCACUUUUAGUAUCUAUAUUAUCUCUAUGAUUAAUUGGGUAGGUUAACUGAAUGUUAGCUAAGAUAGCAGGUAAGUUAGAUAUGAUUUAAACAAAAUAAUUUUUCUUUGAAAUAUUAUAAAUCUUCUGCUUUAUUGUGCCCUUUCUAACAAAUAAUCAGCUUCAGGCUUAAAAGACUUAAAAUGAAAGGAAAUCCAUUACAGCUGAGAGUUCUCACCUAGUUAUAAGAAUAGGGGCUCUUGAUUCAACAUUUAAGAACAAGCUUAACUAUAACACUCUUUCAUGUUAAGCGAUUUCUGGAAAAACUAGAAGAAUCGAUCUAAAAGUAAAAGUAAGAAAUAGCAUCUUUGUCUUUUUUACCUAUUACCGUGCAACAUCUCUGGUAUGAGAGAGCGUGUGCGCGUGUGCGUGUAUGUUUGUGUGCAUGAGCAUACAAACUAGUAUUCUAAUGGCAGACUGAUGAGACAUUCAAGUGAAAGUGAGAAGAGAUCAAGGAGGUAGGACGGUUUGUAUUCAGGUGAUAUAAAUCAGAAAUAAGUCUUUCUUGUAUAGAAGAGAGAAAUUGCCCCACAUCCAUUCCUGGGAAGUCCAGUAACCUAGAAUGGCAGGCAUGUGGCCAGUUGUAUCUGUCUAUAUGGUCAUUUAUAUAAUGUCAUUGACCCUGAUUUUCAAAUCAAGUGACCGGAAUACAGCUCAUUUCCUUGUUCAGCACAUUAAUGUGUGAAAUUAUUAAUACCUCCCCCCGCCCCGAUCUGAAAUCUAUAAAAACCCAAGGUAGUAUCAAAGCCCCUUGGGAAUGUGAAUUGCCAGAGUUCUUUUGCUUGUGUAAUCAGCAGAGCCAUCCCAGCUGAAGUCAGUAAAGUGAACAGAGUGUUGUCAUGGGUGAUUUCUAAAGGCUUCUAUGUAAUAUAUGCUUGCUUUUUAGUUACAAAAUGUUUUUUUUUCCUGUCAUAACUUGCCUAUGAAUUAGCAUUUAAGACACUAUCUGAACAUUUAGGGUAAUGCAGAUGAAGACAUACUAGUAAAUGUUUCAAAACAUGGGAGUUGUUGAACUCUGCCAGGCCGACGAUCCAUCUAGUGGCUGGUAGUAGAUAGGUCAAAGCAUAGAGCAAAAGAGGUCCAUAUUUGAUGGCUCUGCCGUCUUAGAUCUGAUUCCUCCAUUCAGCAGUUUCUUCCCUAUUCACUAGUAAGCCAGGUAGCUCAGAAAAUAAAUUAUGUUGUUCCCUGGACAGGAUGCAUUAACCACAGAAUAAUGGGAGAUUUUGCUGAACAUGCUUCAGUGCAACACGUGCCAACUGUUUUUCUUUCUGGCUGCAUGUACAAAAGAGGGGAAAAAAAGAGAGAUUUGAGAUCUGAUUAUUCUGCUUGGGCCCUAAUUCACAAGCUAGAAGAACCUCAGCAUUUUUUGGACCGCUCGGCUUUUGCUUUCAGCUCCCAGUUCCAGGGUACUGUUACUAAAUUAUUAAAUCAUGUUGCCAAGGUGGCACCCCAGUUCCCCCAGCUUGGCUCAAUUUUCCAGUGCAGUCGAUGGCAGUUUUUGUUCAGUCUCCAGGCCCACUUAUUUGCCACCACCCAGUUCCCCAUGCAGUUUCCCAGAGUUUCUCCCCAGCUAAAUGUGUAUCUUCCUCCUCCCUGAGAGUCGUUCCCAUGUCUCAGAGCACAGGUUUCCUCCAGUGUGGUUCUGGAGAGAGCCUGCAAUGGAGAGCCGGGGAAGGGCUCCUCUCCUCUUUCUUUCUCCUCUCUCUCCACCCCUCCCUGCAGCUACAGGUGAACUCCUGUAGAGUGAAAUGGCUCUGUGUGCAGCAUAGCAGUCACGACCCUUUCAGAUUUGAAGCUGGAGAAAGUUCUGGUGUGAAGCCUCUUCGUAGACUUUUAUUGUGAUGAGUUUAAGGGGGUUGUCAGAGAAUUCGCUGGAGCAUAUUUCUGACCUUGCCUCAGUCACCAAAUUAGAGGAAAUGAAGUCUGUCAGCAGAUUGCUGGAUUUUUUAAAAUGUGAGCAAAGAAUGUAUUUUUUUGCUCACUUUUGUUCUCAGAAACAGUUGAUCACUUUGGCUUAUUUUUCUCCAAAUAAAUUCAGUAUAAGGGAAACAUUCAGCAUAAAGAAUUCAGCCCAGAGGAUUAAAUUUAGCUGAAGUUAUAAGCAAUUGAAAGGAGAGUUUUACAGUAGAAAAACAGAUUUCUGGGGAAAUCUUAGGCCACUUAUUAUUAAUAGCUCUUUCAAUGUUAUGUUAUAGCUAAUGAUAUGUAUUUUGUAUCUGUAUGUUAUAAAUAUGCAUUGAUAAGUGAUAGGGCAAUUAAAAGGGAGAAAACAGUUACAGAUGAUGCUUUCUAGCAAGGCCAUUUAAUAAAACUUAGAUCUUGCACUUGUAAACUUGUAAUCAUUUCAGUUUAGUAUCUAUAAAAAAUUCUUACAAGUUAGUUACAAUUUAUAACAAUACAAUCACUAUUAAGUGCCUGUAGCAGCAUUCUUUCAGGUGUGCUGGUAACCAUAUGGGAAUAAAUAAAUAAACAGAAGACCAGAAUGUGUUCAGCAGUCUAAAGAUGCUGUUCAGUACUUCAGAAUUUUCUUUUCUGUAAUUCUGCCCAUGCUGGAAGAAAACCACUAGUAAUUGUAAAGCACAAAAUAAAAGUGUUACCCACAAUUGUGGAGUUCAGUAUGCUGUGGCAGUAGUACAGACAAAUUAAAUUGAAGUGACUACAUCAACAACUGCCAGGAUCCAAAAAAUGUCCUGUUGAGAAGCUUUACUUUGGGCUGCAUGAUUAAUUUCCUGUCUUUUCCCUUUCUGUCUACAUUACUAUUUCCUUGAGUUCUUGGCUAAAUGCAUGAGAGCCAUUAAAACUUAGGUGUUAUCUGUUUCAGUUUUGUCUAGCAAAAUUGGUCCUGGCAGGAUUAGUUGGGGAUGGGAGUGGUAGUGGCUUGGAUUAUUUUAACAAAGUAAUCCUGGCAUAGGAAUAUUGAGGGCAUAGUAAAGACAGAGUCCUACGGUUUAGUUCUUACCCUAGUUUUUGCCUCCAGUGAACUGCUAUAGCACUGCCUUUCAUCACAGAAAAUUAAUUUGAUUUGAUGAAUGUCUCUAAAAAUCUUUAGAAGUACUUGACUGGAGUAGUUUUAAAUAGAUAGUUAACAAAGAGAUUCUUCUUGCAGUAUGUGGAUUCUUCCUGUAGCUUCCCCAUAUGGCAAAAUGAGACUAUCAGUAGCUUUUUCUAAAUCUCUUGUAUGUUACUGAUAUGAUCAUGAUUUGAGUUUGCACAAAAUUGUAUGUGGAAAAAACAGAAGGCAUAUAUAUUGAGCUGUUCCUCAACUGUAUUUCAGUUUGUGGAAGUCAGGGAAGCCUCCUUUCACUUACAGAAGAGCAGCCGUACUAUUAUUGUAUCUCUCAGCUUUAUAAUAAACUGAAAAUGACAGUUAAGAAAGUCCCAGUGAAAUGGAUGUUCAAGGUUAUAAUUACACAAUUUCUGAAGCACAUAGAUCAUGCUAUAUUUAGCCUUGUUUCAUGUGAGUCCGCUGAUCUUAUGUUGAAAUUACUUUCCUCAUCUGUGCUUUGCAGUGGUCCUGCUAUAUCCCUUGCUGAAGGUCUGGCACAUGUUCAAUGUAGCAGGAAAGUUUUUACAGUUUAGCUGCCAAACUGAAAAAUGUCUAUGGAGCAUCUGCAAGCCAGUAUUUUCCAAAGAUAUAAAGCUUGGCCAAAUUUCACUAGUUUCACAGGAAUGGCAAAUGUACAUCCCUAAUACCUGAAAAACUUGCCAAAAUUGACACUUGAAAGAAUGAAAGCACUAAAAUUUCUCAUCUAAGCUGACAUAAAAAAUGUGACUUGGCUACACUACUUAUUUUUCAUUGGUCUAGGCUUUUGGACCAUUUUUGUUGCUGUUGAAGCUCUCCCAAAAUAUCAGCCUUUAGAUGUUAUCAUGGAAAACUUCAGCCCAAAUGGUCCAAGUUUAGCAAGUUAUAAGCCAGUGAAACCAAUUGUUAUAAAGAGAAGUGCUAGGCAGCUUUAGUAAUAGAUACUUUCACCAGCUGUACUUUAUGAUGAGAAAUGUUUAAUAUACAUGAAAGAGGGAAACUGAAAACACUGGCCCCACAUUAUUGUGCAGGCUUCUUCAUGGAGCUGUACCAGAAAUCUCAACUGUAAAACCUUUUAACCUAAUAUAUUCCAUCUGUCUGAAGCACAUUUUGGAGUCUGUGUAAGACUCGGGAUCUCGCUAUGGAAAGGUGAAGGAGGAAAAACCCAUUAUUAGCCACUGAGGACAUCCUGGAUAUCUCCAUUGCAGUGUCAGAACCACUUGGCAGUUAUCUAUGCAGAGAGUCAUAACUUUAAUUCCUGCCUAGAUACGUCUUUCUUUGGCCAUUAAAAUAAAGUGGCCUUAGUUUCAGAAUGAGCAACCUUUUGGUAAGAGUUAAAAAUUAGUCCUGGCAAGGAAAAAGUUUUGUGUCUCCUGGGCACAAUUUACAUCUCUUAUUGAAACCUCCUUUAGACAUGGCCAUAUUAUCCUUCAUCAUGGUACAGAUACAACUUUUGCACAUACUUAGCAGUGGCCAGUUUUACACCAAAAUUGAUGCUUUUUCAGUGAAAGAAAAGAUGGGACAAGGCCAAUCACUUCCAAUAAUCCUGUUCUGUGAGCUAUAUGUAAAGGUCUAAAUCAGAUGGUACUGCUAUGUUUCUGCACAUGAUUGCCUUGCAUUUUUCCAAUGGAAAAAAAUCACAGAGAAUUGUCUUCAAGAGUAUGUUAGAGUGCUUUUACUCUAAGUGGAAACGUGAUGAUUCAAGUCUCAGGUGCACAGACCUUGUAAAAGGUUUAGAAGUAGAAAGGACCACAGCUCCUGUGGCCUUUAGGCCUGUUAUAGCCUACAUUAUGGGAACAUCUCCCAGCACAGCUGGAGAUGGACAAUUCAGUCUGCACAAUUUUAGAGUAGGUUGCAAGUCCUGCUCCUUAUUGGUGCAUGGCUGCACAUUUUGAAUGUUUGCUUGUAAGCUCUAUAUGCGGAAAAAGACACCAUCCUUGCUGGCAUUAGAAAGAAUGAAGAUAUUAAAUGAUGAAUGCUUCAUUAUGAGUAAUAACGAGGGAGAAGGCAUCAGAAAACAGAAUAUAGCAGGAAUUUAAAGUUUACCUCUGGCAACCCGAAGGGUGAAUAGAUGAACACAGGUGACCCUGGAGCAAAAGCCAGUACUGGAAAUUGACAACUAGGAAAGCUGAAGCCUUCUUAGUGACCUCUAGAAGAUGAUCAAGGUGAUCCACGAGGUCAAACAUGAAGCCUACUUAUCUGAGGUUAUCUGACAUCACCGAUUAGG